AUGAAGAAAUUGGAGAUUAGGCAAAAACAGUUAGAUUUGGAGAUUGCGACCUUGCACGAUGAAGAGCAUUCUCUCGGAGGAGAUGACGACUAUGGAGAUGAAGUCAUGGAACGAUUAGAACAUGUUAAAGAUUACGUCAACCUUUUGCCGGCGGACCGGCCAUUACCCAACACUACUAUGUCAUCUAACAAAACCACACACACUGCAAGACGACUUCCCGAGUUGAGUCUGAUGGGUUACGCAUCUAUUCUUAACUGCCCCACAACCAUCAAAGGAGUUAUACGGCGUAUCCCCGAGUACAUGCAGCUGAAGUUGGCAGAUGAAAUGACUAGUAGUCGACUACAAGGUACAAAACUCCUAUUCCGCGGUCUUAUCGCAUUUUUGGAAAAUUGUCUCUCCACAGCCACGUACUGUUACGGACAAGGC